AAAACAUUACAAAAAAUCCGUAACUGCUGCGCAUUAAGGAUGCCUUUGGGACAGUUUUAAAGAUUGUCUACUUGUAUCAGAACAGUUGUCAACAGUUGUAUCAGAAGAAUAUCACAUGGCUACUAAAAUGAAUAUUGCCACAAAAGUUAUCUUGCGAAACCAACUUAAGAUGCCCAUAUUUGGAAUAGGUACCUCUCACAAUGGAGGUUAUAGCAAUGAAGCCAUUGUUUAUGCACUGAGGGAUUGUGGGUACCGUAUGAUUGACACUGCGGAGCGUUAUGGGUCAGAAGGACCCAUAAGACUCUCCAUAAAGGAAAGUGGUAUCCCUCGGGAGGAAAUCUUUAUCACCACAAAACUGAGAUGGGAAAACUAUGGUUAUGAGCAGGCCUUGGAAGCUUUUGAAGGAUCUCUCGAUCGCCUUGGUACUGAUUAUGUAGAUCUGUACAUGCUGCACUGGCCAGGGAAUGGAAGUGAUGGUGACCCAAGGACAGUAAGGGCUGAUACAUGGAAGGCAUUGGAACACCUUUAUAAAAAGGGAAAAUGUAAAGCUAUUGGUGUGAGCAAUUUCCUAGAGCGCCAUCUAUCUCAACUUAUGGAGGAUUGUGAGAUUGUGCCACAUGUUAACCAGAUUGAAUAUAAUCCAUGUCAGAAUCAAACUGAGCUUCUGGCCUUUUGCAGAAGGAAUGGUAUAUAUAUAGAGGGGUAUUGCCCAUUAGCUAAAGGUGAAAUAUUGGCAGAUGAACAUAUCAGUUUGAUAGCCAAGGCUCACAACAAGACUGCUGCCCAAGUAUGCAUAAGAUGGUCAUUGCAGAAUGAUGUAAUCACAAUACCAAAGUCUAUCAAAGUAGAGAGAGUGAAGGAGAACUGUGGAGUCUUUGAUUUUGAACUGACUGAGAAAGAAAUGCAAACAGUAAAUGGUCUCCAUAGGAACUUGCGGGUGACUUGGGACCCUACUGAUAUAAUGUGAUCUCUGUGGUAACGUGAUUGAGAUGAAGCAACAAAAUGUGUGUUGUGAUGUUUUUCCUUGGCUAGAACUUGAACCGGGUUACAAUUUUCUAUAUAGUAUGUAAUUAAUAACC